AUGAUGGGAUCCAGCGAAUCCGGCCAAGUUGGACAGCAAUUGGCCAAUUCCUCCGAAAUUGAGGAAAACGAGCAGAAGGUAGAAACCUCCGCCACCAAGAACGGCAUAGGAACGAGGCAAUUUAAAUUGUUGCUCGAAUUGAUCCAAAACUUUAAAGCCCUUGGUUUGCUGAAACGGUUAGAUCCAAUGCAAUUGCGCUCUACUUACGCCGUCGAUCUGAGUGAAGGUGCUUUGCACUUGAGACGAGAUUUUGGCAAAGUCCAUUGUAAAGAAAUUAUUGCAAUAAAUUUUCAACAUCGGAAUUUCAUCUAUGGUGUGCAGAUUUGA